AUGGGGGUGAAAACUCCGAUAGAUCCUGCGGAUCCUUUACCACUUAGGAAUGAGCUGGCUGCGUUUACACGGGAGUCAUCGUCGCUGUCAUCAGUGUCAUCAGUGCCUGGGGAGGACACUUUAUUAAAUGAGCAGAUAACAGUGGUAAUGCAGCGGGGGAAGUUAUUGGUUAGUAAAUUGACUGAGCAGUCGUUGCUGACGCCUCAUGACGAAGAGAAGAAGGUUGGAAAGAGAAGGACGUUUCAAGAUCUUGAGACCGGUGAAGUUGAAAACAGUUUAUUGGGGGUGGAGGAGGACGAGAAUUGCGAGGUCACGCCGUGCCAGCGCCAUCAGAACGCGUAUAAACGUCGGUUGAGUGUGAUAAAAGGCGGCAGCACUUCAUCGCCAUGCCAAUAUACGGAGAAGUUGCUCCUACAAUCUAAUAGCACUCCUCGAGCAGCUGAGGGUUUGGUGAUAGACACAAGAAGCGAGUUGGUAGAGACUUUGAAUUUGUUUAUCGACUUGCUUUGUAAGUCACAGGAGCAGGUCAGGCAGCUGAAGCUUAAAAAUCUGAUACUCAGUUCAAACUUAAAGGACAUCGUUUCAAGAACUGAGGUGGAAAUGAAUUUAUCCAAACAUUUGUUUGACAAAGUCAAGUGCCAUUUGAAUAUUGAAAAGCAAGAAUUAAAGGACCAGGUACGCAACAAGGAUAUGAAAGUGAUGAAAUAUCGCGAGACUAUCAUAGAGAAAAAUAAACAAAUCAACAAGUUGAUGCGUAUCCUAAAUGGGACAUCAUCCUCUAAAGAUAAUGCUUCACUUGCCAGCUCUGUGCAGGGGCCUCGUUUGGUAAGGACCCAUGACGCCGGCCAUGAUUCGAAACUCGCGCGAAGUGAUUCCAACAUGUUGACCACGCUUGGGAUCCUAGCAUCUCGUGUUCUUGGAGAGGAAAUGGAUUAUACCCAUGUUCAAGACUCUGAAUCUGAUUGCUCCCACUCACAAGAUGGUCAAUCAUCAGUGCUAUCAGCUGCAAAUUCUCGUUCCUUGAGAGUGCCUCCAAAGCGGCAAUUGCAGAUGUCAUCACAAAGACAACCAAUUCCAAGUGCCAUCAAGGCUCAACACUUCCACAGCAUGCCAGUUCUAAGCGAAACUCGAUCAGAUACAACAACAUCAACAUCCUCCGAAGCAGCAAUGGCAGCUGUGCCUGUAACUAAUUCAGAACUACGGAAUACCCCCCACUUAAAUACCACUUUACCGAAGAUGCCAAGCUUUAACACUUUCGAUGGGUCCAUGAAGGAAGCUUAA